UAAAUACCUACCAAAACCUUCAUAACUUGUCACCACCACCAGGCUCUGGAACAAUAUUUUCCUUUUUCUUGCUCUAUUAAUUUCUUGCUUUAGCAGGUUCUAGUUGAAAAAAUGCAAUGCCAGACAGGUUCACGGGGGAGUUACGUGGCGACCACGAGGACAACUGCGGGGGAGCCGCUGGAGAGGAUAGAGAGGUUGGCGUCGGAGAAUGCGGUGGUUAUCUUUAGCGUUAGCAGUUGCUGCAUGUGCCAUGCGAUUAAGAGGCUUUUUUGUGGGAUGGGAGUUAAUCCGACUGUGUAUGAGCUGGAUGAAGAUCCUCGUGGGAAAGAUAUGGAGAAGGCUUUGAUGAGGCUUCUCGGAGCCUCUCCUGCUGUUCCCGUUGUGUUCAUUGGUGGGAAGCUGGUGGGUGCGAUGGAUAGAGUGAUGGCGUCUCAUAUCAAUGGCACUCUUGUUCCUCUUCUCAAACAAGCUGGUGCCCUCUGGCUUUGACAAUCUUUGGAUCCCAUCCUUCCCAAACAACAAAAAGAAGAGAAAAUAGGAAAAUAUGG